AUGGAUUAUGAAAGCACGUCGUCGUUCGACCCUGAUAUCGCUACAAAUCUAACAGAUCAAGAAUCAUGCGAAUACAUGGAGCCCGUCUACGUCAAAGAGCGCUUCUGGAUGGUGGCGAUUUUUGGAACAGCAGUGUGCCUUCUUAACAUCAUUGAGAACACAUUUCUCUUGUUCAUGUUGUUCAAAAAAAAAUCCUACCGAUCCAGCCACAUGCUCUACCUGGCUCUAUUGGCAUUCUUCGAUGUUUGGAUGGCUGUUGCCUACAUACCUUUGAUGAGUUUGAACCUGUUCGUCGACUACUAUAAGUCUGUCUUCUUACUCCGAGCUUGGUUUGCCUAUAUGUUACCCAUGUUCACAAUAUCCCAUAUCGCUAUGACAGCUUCUUCCUUUUUGAUGGUAGCCGCUUCACUGGAAAGAUAUGUCAUAACUUGCCAUCCAACGAAAACCCGCUGGCUAUCCAGAAAUCGAGUAUGGAUAGCAGCGUUUGCAAUAUUCCUUGGUGUCGCUUGCAAAUUCUCUCUACUUUUUGAGAUGGAUAUACGAUACUUGCCCGAAUGCUACGAUACUAUGGGAGAAUACCAACUUGACCUGUCUCCUCUCGCUCUCCAUGAAGUCUACUCAUAUUGGAAAUCUCUCUUCCGAACCAUCGUCACGAUUCUGAUUCCAUUCUUUUUAUUAGCCUUCAUCAACGUCCGAAUCGUGUUGGUGCUGUCGAAAAGUGAAUUCAAGUUUCUGCACUCAACGAAAUUGAGCGAGGCAAAGCGGAAGUCGGCGGUUAGAAACGCAACGAGAACUUUGGUUUUCAUCGUCUUCACCUACCUUCUUUCGAAUGUACUCAACGUGAUUAUCAUUCUGUGGGAAUACAUUGACAAGAAAAUGUUGACCCAUCAAUUCCAAACUUUCUACAUGUUCGCUGUCGACGUUGUUUCUCUCUCCACAAUUGUAUUCGGAGCACUUCGACUUCCGAUUUAUGUCAUCUGUCAGGCCAAUCUCAGAAAGGAGUUCUUCGCUCAAUUGAAGAAGAUAAUAACUCUGAAUAGCUACUCGGGUUAUCUUUCCUCUCCAACCAAAAACAUGACGGUCGAAGAUAUGGAUAUCGAUCGAAGAACUCCUGAACCGUGUGAAGCUGGUACCGUCUUAAUCGUGGAGUCUGACCAGAAGAACGAUUCAUCAAAGACUUGUACAGUAAUCCGAAAGAAUAGUGUCCAUCGCUCAAACGGAGGCUUCACUGAUAUGAGCGAAAAAGUUCAAAUUGUCUAA